UAAAAACCCAUUUACAUGCAUGACACACGCACACGCCUUUAUAUAUAUACACACACACGCACACGAAUCUUUAUUCUCACAUAUUACAAAUCCCUAAAAAUCGAAACUUUCCCCCUUUUUCUCUCUCAGAUUUUCUCGGAAAACCACGAAAUCUCAAAUCUAGCUUUGAUUCGAAAUCGCUUAUUUAGCCUUCUUCAACACCCUUUUGAUUCGCGCUUUAUGUCGACAACGAUGGCGAGACCGGGCUGCAGCUCAGAUUCCGGCAAUCGGCGGCAGCCCAGUCGUCUUCAAAAGCGAGCUCCGGCGUUAAAAAUCGUUCCGGCUCCGGCGAAUAACUGGAAAACGGCCAUACCUCUCCUCUCACCGUUAGCUCUUUCACCCGAAUCACCGGUCGACGAGCAACCGCCGGUUGAGAAUCAGACGAAAACUGCGGUUGAGAAAACGCCGGUUUUCAAGACAUGGCAGCAUCCGGCGGCGCCGUUUUGUUACGAGCCAUCAUCGACGUUUGUUCCACCGUUCGUACCGGUUUAGAUUUGUUUUUUUGUUUUAAGAUCCAACGGUUUAAAAGUACAGUGUUUUUUGGACCUGUGUAGAUCUAACGGCCCAGAUGUUUAAAAGUACAGUGUUUUUAAACAAACGCGCGUUUUAGUAGUUUGUGGUUGGAAAAACGCGAUUUCCGUAUAAAUUAAUAAUAAUAAUUAAAAAAUGAUUAUUGAAAUAAGCAUGUUUCUUCUGAUUCUGGUUA